CGCUUCCUCCGCUUCCACGGUCGCACUCGCACGCCCUCCUCCUCCUCCGCUGCUACUGCGCAGGCCAAUGGCGGCGGCGGCUGAGAUCGGCGGGUUCGCGGCGGCGCGCGUGGCGCUGAGGCCGGCUCCGCCCGCGGUGCCGUCCCUGGCACCGCAGCCGGCGAGGAGGCUCGUGGCGGCGCGCUCCCUGAGGACCUCGACCUCCGAGAGGGUGGCGGAUCUCGCGGUCGGGACCAACGGCUCCUUCUCCGCUCAGAGCAAUGCUGAGAAUACUGAAGCUGCUUCGCAAGUGGUUUCUGCGAAUUCCCGGCGAAAGACAAAGAUUGUUUGCACCAUAGGCCCCUCGACCAACACGCGCGAGAUGAUAUGGAAACUUGCAGACGCUGGAAUGAACGUUGCACGGAUGAAUAUGUCCCAUGGUGACCACCAAUCACACCAGAAGGUGAUUGAUUUGGUGAAGGAGUAUAAUGCAAAGAAUACCGAUGGCAAUGUUAUUGCUAUUAUGCUGGACACCAAGGGUCCAGAAGUGAGAAGUGGGGAUGUUCCAGAACCAAUCAUGCUCCAGGAAGGUCAAGAGUUCAAUUUUACUAUUAAAAGAGGGGUGAGCACCAAAGACACCGUCAGUGUGAAUUACGAUGACUUCAUAAACGACGUUGAAGUGGGUGACAUACUGUUGGUAGAUGGAGGAAUGAUGUCACUUGCUGUUAAGUCUAAAACGGAUGAUACAGUUAAGUGUCAAGUAGUUGAUGGUGGGGAACUCAAAUCAAGGCGCCACCUAAAUGUCCGUGGAAAGAGUGCAACUUUGCCAUCUAUUACAGAGAAAGAUUGGGAGGACAUAAAGUUUGGUGUUGAAAAUGGUGUUGAUUUCUAUGCUGUUUCCUUUGUAAAGGAUGAAAAAGUUAUUCACGAACUGAAGGCCUACCUUAAAAGUGCUAACGCAGAUAUACAUGUCAUUCCAAAGAUUGAAAGUGCAGACUCAAUACCAAAUCUCCAGUCCAUAAUUGCUGCUUCAGAUGGGGCGAUGGUGGCACGUGGGGAUCUUGGCGCUGAACUUCCAAUUGAGGAAGUUCCUUUGCUGCAGGAGGAGAUUGUCAGAACAUGCCGAAGCAUGCAGAAACCAGUUAUUGUUGCCACAAAUAUGCUAGAGAGCAUGAUUGACCAUCCAACUCCAACAAGAGCAGAGGUUUCUGAUAUAGCAAUCGCAGUUCGUGAAGGUUCUGAUGCCAUCAUGCUCUCUGGUGAAACUGCCCAUGGAAAGUUCCCACUGAAGGCAGUCAAGGUAAUGCACACAGUGGCACAGAGAACAGAAUCCAGCCUGUAUAACCCAGCUACAUCUCCUAGUCUUGUCACACGUCCACAGGCUCUUCUCAAUGAGGAAUUUUGUCAAAGCCAACUGAGCAAAAUGUUUGGAUCUCAUGCAACAAUGAUGGCAAACACCCUCUGUACCCCAAUUAUUGUGUUUACACGAACGGGCUCCAUGGCUGUCCUUCUCAGCCACUACCGACCUUCAUCUACAAUAUUUGCAUUUACAAAUGAGGAGCGAGUGAAGCAACGUCUGGCACUCUACCAGGGCGUGGUUCCUAUUUACAUGAAGUUCUCUGAUGAUGCAGAGGAAACUUUCUCAAGAGCAAUAAGCAGCUUGCUGAGCGGCCAAUACGUGAAAGAGGGGGACUAUGUGACCCUUGUUCAGAGUGGAGUGAAGUCGAUCUGGAGAGAGGAGUCUACUCACCACAUUCAAGUGAGGAAAGUCCAGGGCUAAUGAUCCUGCCCGUCUUACCAAUUCCAUCACAGGGUUGUUCCUGUUCAAAUUUUGUUGGUGCGUUAAUGUGCUAUGUUACGAGUAACUUUUUACGGAGAACAAAUGGUACGGUCGGAUUAUAUGUCAUGUUGAUUUUACUUGUAGGGUCUCUGGAACUGAAUAAGAUAUCUACUAUUCAUUUUCACAUGGUGUCACA